AUGCGCGAGAUAGUCACAUUGCAGCUGGGCCAUCUGAGCAACUACACUGCUACCCAUUUCUGGAAUGCUCAGGAGGCUUAUUUCACCUAUUCCCAAGACCAAGAGUCCUCUGUAGAUCAUGAUGUCCACUGGCGUCCUGGUGUUGCCGCUGACGGGUCAGACACUUUUCUCCCGAGAACGGUGAUUUAUGAUCUCAAAGGUGGUUUUGGUUCUCUUCGUAAAAUCAAUGCCUUGUAUGAGGAUGAGUCGGCUGCGGUUCAACCAGACGUGCCCUCUUCUUCAUCCGUGUGGCCAGGCAAAUCCGUUCUUCACAAGCAGCAGCCUCUUGAAGUGAGCGCUUAUCAGCUGAGUCUCGACGACGGCCGCCAGCCCGAACGACUUUCCAAAUCGGCUGUCCGGUACUGGUCGGACUUCUCCCGUGUCUACUACCACCCCAAAUCGCUGGUUCAGCUCUAUGACUUCGAGCUCAACUCCUCUAUCCGCCCCUUCGAACGAUACCCCAUGGGUGUUGAGCUUUUCCAGACCCUGGGCAAGGAGUUUGAUAUUGUUGAUCGCGACUUCAGACCUUUUGUAGAGGAAUGCGACAGGAUGCAGGGGAUACAGGCCCUCGCAACCUUGGAUGACGCCUGGGGAGGUUUCGCUGCCAAGUAUCUCGACGAGCUGCGGGACGAGUAUCCCAAAUCCUGCAUUUGGCUGUGGGGUCUCCAGAACCCUCUGGUCGACGUGACCAGGGAGAAGCGCCAGCUCCGUCUCACCAAUACGGCGCAAGCCAUCGCCGAGGUCCGUUCGUCAGCUUCCAUGGUGGUGCCGCUGAUGAUGCCCGAGCGCGGCGUCCCUUCUAACACACAUGUCGACCCGGCGUCGCCCUGGCAUGUCUCCGCUGCAUUCGCAACCGCAAUCGAGACUGCCAAUCUUGGGUCUCGUUUGACGGAGAAGGCGAUGCCUCAUGCGCCAUCCAUGUGGGACAUGGCUGGGGGCCUCAACACGGGUGGUAGUCAGACCUUGGCGGGUCUGCGGUUGGGUGUAGGGGCUGUGGCGGGGACUCUGGAUGAUGACAAUGAUGGCGUUGACCUCUUCAGCUUUGGAAGGCUGGCUAGCUUGAACGGCAAACAGACGAAAAGGGGUCGUCUCUUUGGUGAGGUUAAUAUGUUGCGAGGCUCUCAGCCAGAUCAAGCAAACGUCGCAGAAGAGGAUACAAGGCAACCGCCACGCCGCCUUGUUGGGGAUCCGGUGAAGCAGAAGUUUAACUCGUCUUUGAAGUUCCCUAUUCUCGAUAGUUUCCCGCACAUCUACUCGGAGAGCAAGGACCAGCCUGAGAUCGCGGUCCAGACCAUACUCUCCACCACCAAGUCGGUUGGCACUCAUGUAAAAGCCCUCAAAGCCCAGACCGUUCGGUCUGUUUCAGUAGCUGAACGUGAGACUCUAUCAAAUGAGCUCGCCGAAAUCGCGGAUGCGUAUCAGGAUGACUGGUCAAGUGGGAGCGACGAAGACGACGAUUGA